AUGUCUCAACCAAAUGUCAACCCGACAAGUUUCACAUCAUAUGACGAGCAAACGCAAAGCAGCCUCUUCGCUGUCUUACCGCCCGAGAUCCGCUAUGAAAUCUUUUCCCAGGCGCUGACAAGCACGCCAGACUUUACGGAGACAUUCGACCAAGAAGGAUAUUCGACGCGACCAGGAUAUGAAACCCGCCAUCGAACCUGGACCGAGCUACUGCGAACAUGCAAGAAGGUCUACCGGGAAGCGUGGUUCAUGCCAUUCAUGGGCUCAGAGCAUGCAUUCUACUUGGCAUGGACUACGCGGUCACCCCGCCGACAGAUGACAGUCCAAAAGAUGCAGCAAUAUCUCGACCUGAUUUAUCAGCGGCAUGGUGAUAUCCAUGGAGGUCGCAUCCGAAUCUUUGCCCAACAAUGCGAACUCCAUGCCCCCUUUAAAGGAAUAUUCAAAAUGCAACAUUUCCACCCCACGUCUGUUACUGUCACUCUCCGGUAUACCGACACCUGGAAUUGGGAGAGUGAUAGAGCUCUCGACAUUGGAGCAAGCUGGUGCAAGGAUAUGAUUCUACCGGCCAGCGUGACUAGCUUCACCCUCGACGUUGAAAGUCUGGAGCGGCGCAGCUAUGAAGUGGAUUGGGUUUCACAGCAAGCCAUGGAGAAAUGGCACUUUGCGCGUGAUGACGGCGUUCUCCUCUUUUCUUGUCCGGAAGACAUCGCCAUCUCCCACUGGACGGGCAGUUCUGUGCUGGGCCAGGAACGCUGGAUACGCGAUGAAGAACAGGAGCGGCCCGGUAAACUCAGCUAUUAUGUUGGCUCCAUAACAUGGCGGCCUUCAAAGGAAUCUCUCAAUGACCGUCCCGUGCAAAAUCCAGGUCUAAGAUAUCAGGGUGACCGUGUCAGACCUGCGCAGAGGGCUUACAAUCACAUUGAUUGGAGGAAUUUAGAGGUAGCCAAUAUAUCACUCGAUAUCCCACCGGAUGAAGUUUGCGAGCUAUAUCUUCGAUGGAUGGAGGUGGGAGAACCGAUUGACGAUGAGGAGGAGGAUCUAAGGGAGGAUUCUGACCGUGGUGUGGAUAAUGAUGGGCACAGCGACGACUACAGUGAAGAUGGUGAAGGGAGUGAGUAUGAGCCCAGUGGUGAUGACAUGGAUUGA